UCCAAACUUUAUUCUGCAUUCAACUUCCCCGGGACCUCAGGCUGCUGCAGUCUCUGCUCCCCGACAACCCGGACUCCCCCAGAGCUGCAGUCUCUGCUCCCCGACAACCCGGACUCCCCCAGAGCUGCAGUCUCUGCUCCCCGACAACCCAGACUCCCCCAGAGCUGCAGUCUCUGCUCCCCGACAACCCGGACUCCCCCAGAGCUGCAGUCUCUGCUCCCCGACAACCCGGACUCCCCCAGAGCUGCAGUCUCUGCUCCCCGACAACCCGGACUCCCCCAGAACUGCAGUCUCUGCUUCCCCAGAGGACCCCCGAGUCUGUCUCCUGGAUUCUGUGCUCCCCCAUAUUCGGGGCUUCUGUUCCCGGGGCUGAACCCCCAAUGGAUACCAGAUGCUGGAAGCUGUGACCAUGGCCCCCUCCUCCUGAGCUGCCCUGACCCUGGGGCCCCCCAUGCCCGCUGGGCGCUGAUACAGGAUCGUUACACCCGGAGGCUCCGUCUGUGGAAUAUGAGCCGCUGAGAUGGAGAACGCCGGCCCCGUGAUCGCAGCGCACAAGAAGGAGGCGAAGACGACGUCCAUUCUGGAGGGGAACGGCUUCUCGGACAUUGGGAAGAAAUCCGGGGUCCUGAACUCAUCACCAGGAGACGCUGCGCACCUCUUCCCCGCCUUCCACACACCGUUUCCUAUUGACAUCCGGCACCAGGAGGGGCGAUAUCACUACGAAAGCCACGCCAUCCACGCCAUUCAUGGUCCUCCAGGCCUCAGCGGCAGCCCCGUCAUCUCUGACAUCUCCCUUAUACGCCUUUCCCCUCACCCAGUGGGCACCACCACGGAUCUCAACCACGCACAUCAUUACCUCGGCCCUCACAUGGAGCAUUACCUGCGAUCCGUCCACGGAAGCCCCACCCUGUCCAUGAUCUCCGCAGCCAGAGGACUCAGCCCAGCUGAAGCUGCUCACGAGCACUUAAAAGAAAGGGGCAUCUUUGGCAUCGCACCCCCGCCGCCUGGUGUCGUCCCCGCAGAUUACUACCACCAGAUGUCGCUACUGGCCGGACACCCCAGCCCCUAUGGAGAGCUCCUGCUACAGACAGGGGCCGCGGGAAGUGCAGGCCACCUCCAUGACUAUCUGACUCCUAUGGAUGUUUCCCGGUUCUCGAGUCCCCGUGUCACGCCGAGGUUAAGCCGGAAGCGAGCCCUGUCUAUCUCCCCCCUCUCUGAUGCCAGCAUUGACCUGCAGACCAUGAUCCGCACCUCGCCCAACUCCCUGGUGGCGUACAUCAAUAACUCCAGGAGCAGCUCCGCAGCCAGCGGCUCCUACGGGCACUUAUCCGCCGGAGCGAUCAGCCCGGCCUUCAGCUUCCCGCAUCCCAUCAACCCGAUGGCCUAUCAGCAACUCCUGAACCAGCAGCGCAGUCUGAACUCCACAUUCGGGCACAGCCCCCUCAUCCAUCCGCCCCCCUCAUUUGCAUUGCGCCAGCAGGGAUGUGUGCCCACCUCCAGCCCAGCUCCAGCCCCAACCAUCAGCAGCACCGCGGCAUCCAACCCCGGCCAGAACAAGCAGAACAGCGAGUCGGCUGUGAGCAGCACGGUCAACCAGGUGAUCAGCAAGCGCAGCAAAGUGAAGAUCGAGGAGGAGGCGGCCAGCAGGGACUCCCCCAGCCCCCCGGACCAUAUGACUGAGCUGAAAGACGACUUGGACAGAGAGGACUGUAAGCAAGAACCGGAGGUCAUUUAUGAAACCAACUGCCAUUGGGAAAGCUGCUCCAAGGAGUUCGACACCCAAGACCAACUGGUCCACCACAUCAAUAAUGAGCACAUUCACGGCGAGAGGAAGGAGUUUGUGUGUCGCUGGCAGGACUGCACGCGGGAGCAGAAGCCAUUUAAAGCACAGUACAUGCUGGUGGUUCACAUGAGGAGACAUACAGGAGAAAAGCCUCACAAGUGCACGUUUGAAGGCUGCUUUAAAGCAUAUUCCAGGCUGGAGAACCUGAAGACUCACCUGCGGUCUCACACCGGAGAGAAGCCGUACGUGUGCGAGCACGAGGGCUGCAACAAGGCCUUCUCCAACGCGUCCGACCGCGCGAAGCACCAGAACAGGACUCAUUCCAACGAGAAACCAUACAUCUGCAAAAUCCAGGGAUGUACGAAGAGAUACACAGACCCCAGCUCUCUCCGGAAGCACGUCAAGACGGUUCACGGUCCCGAGGCGCACGUGACAAAGAAACAGCGCAAUGAUGUCACCUCCAGACCGGGGCCUAGGGAAAACGACGACGACGAAGGCGGUAACAGACUGUCCGCCGAACACACAGAGUCUAAUGGAGGCCCCAGAAGUAGAGAAGACGGCUUCCAGUCCAGGACCAUCAAGACUGAGGACAGUAUGGUACAGCCCAGCCCUGGCGGCCAGUCGUCGUGCAGCAGUGAGCCGUCUCCACUUGGCAGCACCAACCACACUGACAGCGGAGUAGAGUUUCAUGGAGAGGGAGGCCUGGGGGACAUCUUUGGUUUGGAGGACACCAGCCAUGUGGUGGACUCCACAGUCUCAACUGGUAAUGCAAUGGUCGGCCUGCAGCUCAGGAAACAAGGUGGCACCGCAGUACAGCGACUGGAGCAGCUCAAGAAGGAGAAGCUGAAGACACUGAAGGAAUCUUGCUCAUUCAUGAAUCCAGCUCCACCUGCCAGGAACACCAAAUUCCCAGCCAUCUCUGGAAAUGGCUCGUUACUUGACAAUAUGGGUGUCCCGGGCAGUGUGAACAUAAACCCAAGAAUUACAGACUUGUCUUUGAAUGACAUCACCAUUCUGAACCAGCUGAAUGACAGGCGGGACAGCGCCACCAGCACCCUCAGCUCUGCGUACACAAGCCGACGAUCUUCAGGGAUCUCCCCGUAUUUCUCCAGCCGUCGCUCAAGCGAAGCCUCUCAAUUUUGUGGCAGACAGAACAAUGCCAGCUCUGCCGAUUCUUAUGACCCCAUCUCCACCGAUGCUUCCAGAAGAUCCAGUGACGCCAGCCAACAUAACGGAUUACCAGCGCUCCUCAACUUUACCCCUGCCCAGCAGUAUCGAUUGAAAGCCAAGUACGCAGCCGCAACUGGUGGUCCUCCUCCUACACCCCUCCCCAACAUGGAGAGAAUGAGUUUAAGAAGCAAGAUGUCCUUGUUGGACGGGUCAGACUAUUCCCUGCCCGCCUUCAGGCAGCAGCCGGGUCCAAGACGAUGCAGCGAUGGUUUCGGUAAUGCCCCAGCGCCAACUUUUCCUCAUGAGGUUCCUGGAAAUGGCACAAGACGAGCUAGUGACCCAGUAAGAACAACAGCUGGACUUGAUGGACAACAUCUUCCAAGGGUUCAGCGCUUCCACAGCAUGAAUGCCAUGAACACGUUGUAUCCUCCACAGGUCAUGGACAAGAGGAAUAUAAGCUUCCAGCAGUGCGCUCGUUCAGACGGAAGCCUUCACCGGCACAUCUACUCUCCACGGCCACCAAGCAUCAGUGAGAACGUCAUCCUGGAAGGCAUGGCAGCCGAUAUGGACGUCCCUGGUGGUGAGGAUGACCUGGUGUUACCGGAUGAUGUUGUCCAGUAUAUUAAGUCUCAGAACAGAGGAGCGCCAGACCAUAGGCUUCCGCCUGACUACAGUAACCAGAACCAAAACUUCCAAAGUAACGUGAAGAGCUAUCAGCAGCUUGCACAGAACCGGACUGCUGGUCAUGACACGCAGAAGAAUAACAUGCCCGUCCAGUGGAAUGAAGUCAGCUCUGGCACUGUCGAUGUCGCCGCCAAUGUGCCAAAGCAGGCUUUUACGCAAGGGAAUUUGGCAGUCGUGCAGCAGAAGCAAAACUUUAGCCAAUAUCAAAGCUUCAACCAUCAGCCAUCCCUGGCGAAUAAUCCGCAGCAAGAGCUGGCACAGAGAAAUGGUGGAGUCAAUGGGCAAAGAUUCAGUUAUCCUCAGCAUAGGGUGCAGCAGCUGAACCCGUGCCAAGGCACCAACUCCGACUUCAACCAGCAGCAGAACUUUAGCCAGUCUGUGCAUAUGUUACGGGUCCCGAGUGAUGGUCAGUGCCAACUCUCCACCUCAUCUAACAUCUUAGAAAGGUCUGGACAUCUCAUGCACUCUCCUCAGAGUAACGGGAUGAUGAACGGCAGCCGGGAGCCGCACCCCACAAACACUCAGAAUUAUCCAAGUCACUUUCGUGCCACUCAUGACACCCUUCAACCACCAAACUCAAACCCCUACCCCAACCCGAACCUGUUCAACAAUCAACACAGUAACAUGGGGAUCUCUGCUCAGGUCAUUAAUAACUCCUUGAUGCAGCCAAGGCCUCCAGCUCACCCCCCCAACAGGCAAAGGAGUAUACAUUCAGGACAGCACCCCUCUUUUUUGAGGAGCCCGCACUCGGUGAGUGAGCAGAGUCCAUGCCAGCAAACAGCAGAAGCCACCCCAAAAAGAGCAAGUGAAGAACCUGAGCCGACCUCAUGUAUGAAUGCAAAGGACAAUGGUUUACUCUAUUACUCAGGCCAAAUACAGAUGUUUGAGCAGAACAGCAAUUAUAAUUCUGCACUAGACUGUACAGCGCAGCAAGUCCCCACCAUGCCAUCUCCUGGGGUCAAUCAGGUCACUAGCACCGUGGACUCUCAAGGUCUGGAACAGCCUCCUGUCAUAGAUUUCGAUGCUAUGAUGGACGACGGGGACCAUUGCAGUCUCUUGUCAGGGACCAUAAGCCCUGGCCUUCUUCAGAGUCUCUCUCAAAACUCUUCUCGCCUCACAACUCCCAGGAACUCCUUAACUUUUCCUUCCAUCCCAGCCGGGAUAAACAAUAUGGCUAUCGGGGAUAUGAGCUCCAUGCUUAGCACAUUGGCAGAAGAAAAUAAAUUUCUUAAUCUUAUGUCCUAACUAGAAGCUCUGAAGGCAGAUCGUGGUGGGAUCUUGAGAUUUAUUGGGACUCUCUACAGGAUGGAGCGUUCUUCCAUUGUGAUGACUGUGACACUGGCCAAGCAAGUAGAUGGUACCGAGAUGAGAUCCUAAGACACUGACUCUUCAGAUAUUUAUGGUGGCAUCUCAGGAGGCGUCUUCCACAAUGAGUCAUUAUUAUAUCUUGUGUUUUUUCUUCUUUAGCCUCUGCUUCCACUAGUGUCCACAUCCUUUCCCUCAUCCUAGACGGAUGUGGACUGUAAACCGCCCAAGAUAAACUUUUCUUUAAGAGUUUCCCAAGCUUUGGUGUGAAGGGGAACAUCAAACCUUCAGCAUCGACUUCUUACACACAGACCGCUGCUGUGUAAGCUGUACAGAGUCCAGUAUUUCCGUGUGCCGCCAGCAGACGGGAUUCUAGCUGCUUCUCAAUGCACUGACUUGAUUCUGUUGCAGCCAUAAAAGCCUCAGCACUGUUUACAUCGGCGUGUAAAUACUUACGGUUGUAUCGCCUUCCUCAUGCGUGGAGCGCUGUGCGUGAUUGUGCCAAUCAUUAUACACGUUGUGAAAAGCCAUAUUGUGUCACGCAGAGAGGAGGCGGCUCCUCUAUGAAUACACGGGUCUGCUCACAGGGAUCAGCCUCGGACCUCGUGUUAUGUCGUCAUCUUCUGGCCUCCUCCACUGUUCAGUAUUUCGGGCCGAGACGUAUCCACAAGGAAAAGAGAAUUAGUCACAUUAAGGGAAAGCACAGCAAUAGUAGAAAGUAUUCUAGUGUAACAAACAGGAAGCUCUAUGCACGGGGAGCGGAAGGGAGCGAGCACAACUCUUCACUUAUCUGACCAGUCCUCGUUUUGUCCUCUUUGUGGAAGAUGAGGAACAUGGUUAUAUUGUGAAUGUGGCAUCUUGUUUUCCUGUCCUGAUUCUCUAAGCAUUCAGCCUGCUGCUCUGACAGUAGGUACAGUGAUCACAACCUGCUCUGACUGUAGGUCUAAUGAUCACCCCCUGCUCUGACUGUAGGUGCAAUGAUCACCCCCUGCUCUGACUGUAGGUACAGUGAUCACCCCCUGCUCUGACUACAAGUCCAAUGAUUACCCCCUGCUCUGACUACAAGUCCAAUGAUUACCCCCUGUUCUGAUUGUAGGACCAAUGAUCGCCCCCUGCUCUGACAGUAAGUACAAUGAUCUCCCCUGUUCUGACUGUAGGUACAAUAAUUGCCCCCUGCUGUAACUGUAAGUCCAAUGAUCGCCCCUUUUCUGACAGUUGGUACAAACUGAUUUCCCAUGCUCUGACUGUAGGUACAAUGAUCUCCCCCUCCUAUGCAGGUACAAUGAUCUCCCCCUGCUCUGACUCCAGGUACAAUUAUUGCCCCCUGCUCUGACUGUAGGUACAAUGAUCUUCCCUUGCUCUGACUACAGAUACAAUGAUCACCCACUGCUCUGACUGCAAGUACAAUGAUUGCCCCUGUUGUGACUGUAGGUCCAAUGAUUGCCCCCUGCUCUGACUGUAGGUACAAUGAUCUCCCCCUUCUAUGCAGGUCCAAUGAUUGCCCCCCUGCUCUGACUGUAAGUCCAAUGAUAGCCCCCUAUUCUGACUGUAGGUACAAUGAUCACCCCCUGCUCUAACUCCAGGUACAGUGAUUACCCCCUGCUCUGACUACAGGUACAAUGAUCGCCCCAUUAAUCUAAAUGUAUAGAACAUUUAUAGGAUCCCUGUAUUAAUAAUCUUUAUUCUGUGCACAACAUUUGUAAUUUACUGACUUACCUACCUGUGGAGGAAUGAAUGUGGGGGCGGUAUGUGAUAUGUCUCUAGGCUGGUUGUACAGUGCAAUAAUUAACCCUUGGCAGUAACCACCCCUGUAAAUUCCAAGGAGCGACCUCUACAUGUCCUUAUUCACUGCUACUGUAUCCUCUGUGUUCAUUGUCUUUGUGUCAGCCACGUCUCAUUCACAACCAGUCACUCGUCCAGGUAAUUUUUUUUGGUUGCCGUUUCUCCGUCAAGCAAAUGACUUCUGUAUUUCUUCCAAGCCUGUAAAUAUUUUGUAAAAAAAAGUGUCCCCCCAAAGUCCAAGACAGAUCCGAGAAAUUUAUAUCCUGUGACAAAACUGAACAUUUUUUAUUUUAAACUGCCUUGUAA